UCCCAAAACAUGUUGACACCCGGUUCAGCAGCUACAUGACAGACUCGCUUAAUCUGCGUUGUCUUGCAAUCUAACCAACAAGAGUUACAGAUCUUCAAGUAAACAUGGAUUACAGCUGUCAUUGAAGUGAAAGGCCUGAACAGUGAUGACAUCAGCAUCAGCAGCCACUGGCAUCUAUACAGGCCUUCUCGGCAUCGCCCCAUCCGGCCUGAAACAGGGCAGGUCUUCUUCAUGCAGCUCCACUUAGGCCUGAACCAAAUAUAGACCAAUCACAGGCUUUCCUUGAGCACUUAUGUUGUCGUCAGCCUGUAACACGGGAGUAUCUGCAGGUGUAGGAGGAAGUGUUGUCAUGGAGACAUCCAACUUUGCCCAUGUCAUCUUCCAGAAUGUUGGGAAAAGCUUCCUCCCGCAGGCAGCGCUUGAAUGUCAUUACACACUCACCUCUUUCAUCACCCCACAUCCAAAAGACUGGGUUGGCAUCUUUAAGGUGGGCUGGAGCAGUGCACGAGACUACUAUACGUUCCUCUGGUCUCCCAUGCCUGAAAACUACACCGAGGGAUCCACUGUUCACCGUACCAUCAUCUUUCAGGGUUAUUACGUUCCCCGUAGUGAUGGUGAGUUUUAUCAGUUCUGCUACGUCACACAUACGGGUGAGAUCAGAGGUGCGAGCACGCCGUUCCAGUUCCGCCCAGCUACGCCCACAGGGGAGGAGCUACUGACAGUGGAAGAUGAGGGGAACUCGGACAUACUGGUUGUGACAACAAAGAGCGGACUACUUGAGCAGCGUGUGGAGGAAGUUCAACAGGAGUGCAAAGAGCUUCAGAAAGCACUACGCCUCCUCACGCAGGAGAGAGAUCAGCUCCAGGAGCGGCAGAGACAACAGAACCAGCAGGAGCUGCAGAAAGUCCUGUGUGAGGAGAAGGAGGAGGCUCAAGCCAGAGUAAGACAGCUUGAACAAGACCUGCUAGAAAUCACACAAAAAGCUGUUCUUAAAGAGACUGAACUGGACUGUUUAAAAAACAGGCUGCAGAAGGUGAUUUCUGAGAGGGACGGUCUGCAAACUCAACUGAAGAAUGAAAGAGACGAGAGGGAUCUUAACAAAUCUCAUGUGCGUAGCGCCGAGCUGGAAAACACAAAACUCAGUGCAGAGCUGCAGAUGCUGAAGGCAGUGGAGCUGAACAGAGAGGUCACCAUCGCACGGUACCAGGAGGAACUGCACAGACUACGCACGGAUAGAGACACAGACCCCACUUAUGCCGGUCUUAAAGAGCGGUUGCGUCAAGCUGAGGAGCAGCUCCAGGCCAUGCGGCAACAGGCAGCCAUGUUGGGCUCUGAGUUACGUGACGCCUCUGGCGGGCGGGAUCGCACCAUGGCUGAGCUGUACCGUGCCCGCCAGGAGGCUGAGGACCUACGAGCCUGUUUAGUUGAAGCCCAGGAAGAAUGCAGGCAUGCUCAGAAUCAGCUGGACAGGAUGAGAAGCCAGGCAUCACAGGAAGUGGGUAGGGCUGGAGUGGGUGUGGUGUCAGAGCUGGAGGCGGAGUUACAAAAGGAGGUUGAGGAACUAAAGCUGCGUCUGAAUAUGGCUGCAGAGCAUUACAAAGAGAAAUACAGAGAGUGCCAACGGUUGCGAAGACAAGUCACCAAACUAACUCAGCAACAGGAGAUGCAGCAGGGGGACUCCAGCAGGAAUGAUGCCUCUACAGAGACCACACUGGAGUUACACACCCCAGAUGCAGAGACACCUCCCAUAGAUCAACAUCCUGCUGAGAUCAAACCUUCAAUGCAAAGAGAUGCCGAGAGACAGAGGGAUGAUGAAGGUAGAACUGGACAGGAGGAGGAGGAAGAUGAUGAUGAAGAGGAGGAGGAGGAGGAGUGUAGCGUGUCAGUAGAAGCUGAGCUUGCCAGCAUGGAGGAGAAAUGGAGAGAGCAGUGCACCGUCAAUGAAAACCUGAAGCUUCUGCUAGCCAAUGAGAAGAAGCAGUUUCAAACUCAGUUGUCAGAGAAGGACAGAGAGGUGUCCGCUCUGAGGGAAAGUCUUGUGGUGGUGACCAGGGAAAAGGAGAGACUGGAAAAGGAGUUGCGGCAGUGUAUGAACAGAGGAGAGACAGCAGGAAGUCGAAAUUCAAAGGUCAGAGAGCCAGUGGUGCUGCGUUACCCACUACCGUAUCCACAAGACCCACCUCCUCUUCCACUGGUACCCCAACAGCCUGCUGAACUGCAGUAUGGGAACCCCUAUUCAGAGCAAGAGACCCGAGAUGGAGCAGAUGGUGCAUUAUCCCCAGAAGAAACCUGUCGCCCCCCUCCAUUGGCUCCACCACCUUGGGGCGGUCCUGUGGUCUGCAGUCAGCCAUCACGCAGUCUCAGCCCCCCUGACGGCCUGGAGAAUCCCCCUGAAGAGCGGCCUAGUGGAGGUGAUGGUGAGGCCCCUGCAGUCUGUGAUCAUCAGAGCCUGGAAUCUAAUGAGAGCCACACAAGCUUCUGUUUUGACACCAGACCUGACGUUCAUAAGCGAUGUCCCCUUUGUGAGGUGAUCUUCCCACCACACUUUGAGCAAAGCAGUUUCGAACGACACGUCGAGUCUCACUGGAGGGUGUGUCCCGUCUGCAGCGAGCAGUUUCCCCUAGACUGCCAACAGCAUCUCUACGAAAAGCAUGUGCACACACACUUCGAUGGCAAUGUUCUCAACUUCGACAACUUGGAUUAGAGAUGAAAACAAUAGAUGUUUGCUUUUAGUUCAAUAUAAAACGCCUCAGGUGAUUCAGGGUUCGAAACACGCUGAUAUUGUCACUUUGUUGUAACUGCUGAACAACUCAUGUCAGGAGGACUCGCCAUCAGAAUAUUUGAUUUGAACAUAAACAUUAAUUUAGGUACAGAAUACUACAUUAAUGGUCUUCAGGUGUUAUAGAUGUGAAAAAAUAAUGUAAAGCACUUUUUUUUGUAAAUUUUGUGUACUACUGUAAAAUGAGAGCAGAGAGCUUUAGGAUAUUGUUUAUGAAAAUGAAGUAUUUAUUUGAAAGGACCAAUGAUGUAAUGAAGUUUAUUCGGCCAAAAAAAGAGAUGGCGAUAAUUAAUAAAAACCUAUUCACUAAAAA